AUGGCAAGUUGUAUUUCUCAAGGAGACGGGUUGUCAGUCACUGAUUCCCCUGGUCAGGGUGUCUUCACAGUGACCAUGAGGAGCCUGCAGAGACAUGAUACUGGCUUAUACUCAUGUGCUGUACAAGCUGGUGGGGAAAUCAGAGCAGUUGGCGAUUCAUAUAGCAUUACAGUCAUCAAUGGUUCUCCAGACCUGUCAGUGAGGGACAUCAUGGUGAAUGGUGAGGAGGGCGGUACUGUCACUGUCCAGUGUCUCUACAGUGACAAAGACAAGUACACCAAGAAGACAUGGUGCAGGAGAAACAUGGAGAAGUCCUGUUUACAAACAUGGCACAGAACAGAGACUUUCGACAGAAACAGAACUAAACUGCAUGUCAAUAAUGUACAAAGAAUCAUGACUGUAACUCUGACCAGACUGGAGAUGAAGGACACAGACUGGUACUGGUGCGGUGUGGGAGACUUAAACUUCCCUGUUCAUAUUACUGUUUCUCAUCAAACACAGAGUAAGCUAAACACGGAACAAAGCAUGACUCUCAAAUAGAUAUGAUAAUAAUGUUACACUGAUUGACUAUCAAUUUAAUACUCAUAAAUAAUAUUCAUAUUUUAAAUCUAUGCUAGGGUUCCUUCGA